UAGCAAAAACCCACCAAAAUGGAAUUCCAAUCGGCAUCAACCAACAAAGAAGUCUAGACCAUGCGAAACAUCAAUGUGAAAAAAGAGACGGACGACCGAGUGUCAUAGAAAAGAGGACGAGAUGAGGGGACGGGACCGUUCGCGAAUAAAAAAAGACAGCACUCCACCCCCCACGCUCCAGAGAGAGACGAAACGGGAUACCUGCCUCUCCCGGAUCCCCAUUGGCCGGAAGGUCUGUACGGCUUAUAUUUAAGUGUAUCUUUGGGAUGAGCAUCAGUAGCGCAUAGUUGUUCCACGCAUAAACGUCUCAAGUGAAUCAGUGAACUAAACGUUACAAUGUUUGAAACACGAAGCAGUGGCGACUCAUCACCGAACUCUUCAGAGUACGAGCAAUACUCCCCAGCCAAGUUAAUGGAUUUAACGAACUCCAACGAGAAGUAUUUAGUUAAUGCUUUGGGUCACGACAGCAUGCAUCACCAAAGUGCUUUUAAUCUGUACAACUUCAACAACAAGGACAUUUCGGCCGCGUACAACGGAUACUACGAGGAUGAUUACAGCAGAAGAUUGUCGCCGGAAUAUCAAGAAAAACCUCACUACGAAUACGCCGAGACGUACAUCAAAGUGGAACCUGAAGAAGAUGCACCUUACAAACCCCGCGUGGGGCGCAAAAGGAAAACCAUAGAUUCCGACGACGAAAACUCAAUCAGCGGGAGAUGCAAAUCGCGGAGGAAAUCUCCGCAGAGUUUCGAGGACAUCCAGAAUCAACGGAUCAUGGCGAAUGUGAGGGAGAGGCAGCGGACGCAGAGCUUGAACGAGGCCUUCGCCAGCCUUCGCAAAAGCAUCCCGACCUUGCCGUCGGACAAGCUAUCGAAAAUCCAGACCCUCAAGCUGGCGGCCAGAUACAUCGACUUCUUGUACCACGUAUUGUCCACGUCGAGUCCAGAGAACGACAGCGACGUUUUGGGGAACGUUUGUUCGUACACUGCGCACGAAAAACUAUCCAGGGCUUUCAGUAUGUGGCGGAUGGAAGGCGACUGGAACACGCAGUUGUGAAAAAAUAGUGAUAGACUUUUUAAAUAUGUACAAAGAUAUCAAGUUUCUUAAUUGCUACUUGGUAGGGGGUUUUCGGGACCCAUCAGUUGUGAUCUAUCUAAGAUUAAGUUUAAACCAUAAAAAAUGUUCAACUUGAUAUGUUGAGAACGACUUUCUGCAGCUGUUUGAGCAUGUGUAAAAAACAAUAAUGGUUUUUUCGCUGUAUACUUAUACCAUUUCCAAAUAUUAGUUAGGUGUAAAUAUGCAUAUUUUAU